AUGAUGCUAGAAAAAAUUCACAAAAAGGAAAAAGACAUGGUUAACAAGUACGCUGAUUUGCUGGGACUGGAUGAAGAUAUUGAUGCAUAAAGCACUCCGCUUGAUUUGAAACUUAGAAUAGUAGCACUUAAAAGGAAAUUUCCAAACAAGAUAUUGAAGCCAUUAAAGCCAAGAAGAACUUAAGUCUAUGCGUUUCCACAUGACAUAUGGUUCAUGGUGGUAGAAUAUCUAGAGACGUUAUCAGUUCUAAAGCUUGAGAAAACUUGCAUGUCAUUGUAUCUUAUAUUCAAUCAGGUUUGCGAUGUGUGUGAUAAUAAGACAAUGACACUCAACUCUAAAUGCAAGCAUUUCUGGAGAAAAUAAUAUCUCCAAAACGAUUGCCCUUAUAAGUCAAAUACAGAGUUUACAAAUAUUUAUUGCCGAGCUCUCAAAGCUUUAGUGUCUCGGUAGAUUGUAAAAGAUAUUGCCACAGAGAGAUUAUUGAGGUUAAGAUAGAAUAUGUGCUUCAAAGGAUCGCAUGCAUUGAAAUUGAUUAAAAAGGAUAAAGGUAACUUUGUCUGUGACUUAUGCUCAUAGCAUGUGCCAAUAACUAAUCACUGCGGAUAAAAAUGUAUCAAACAUAAAAAAUACUUCUUUACUUGUUUAUAUCCAAUCCCCUAAAAUGGGAGGUAAGUACCCCACAGAUGCUAUUGUAUUUGCUGCAUGACUCUAAUGUCAGAAAAUGAUACAAUGAAAACUCUAAGAAGAGAUUUAGGAUUUUAUCUAGGGCUUAAACAAUAUACUGUAUUCAUAAAUUUCAAUGAUAACAUGGGCUAUUCGAAGAUUGUAAAACCAAAAGAGAUUAAAAUUGGCUUUUUAAAUGAGUAUUUUUGA